GUUGUAAUUCUAUGAUGACCACAUGUAUAUUUUUAUUUCUACAGGAAAGCUUCGUUAUGCCAACAAUUCAAACUACAAGAAUGAUGUCAUGAUCAGGAAAGAGGCCUAUGUACACAAGGCUGUGAUUGAGGAGUUGAAACGCGUCGUUGAUGAUUCCGAAGUGAUGCAGGAAGACGAUGCUCUAUGGCCGCCUCCAGACAGAGUAGGUCGACAGGAGCUAGAAAUUGUGAUGGGCGAUGAGCACAUCUCAUUUGCUACCACCAAGUUUGGUUCCUUGAUUGAUGUUAACAACAGCAGAGAUGCUGAAGGUCUGCGCACAUUCUACUACCUAGUACAAGAUCUCAAGUGCCUGGUCUUUUCACUCAUUGGCUUACACUUCAAGAUCAAGCCAAUCUAAGAGGACAUUCCAGGAAUUGCUCAUUCCAAAUUUGGAAAGGACACUUUUUUGUAUCUUGUAUAAUAAGUUUCAACUAGAAUUGGUUUGUUAGUGUAAGUUGAAUUGUUAUUAAAGGGAGUUUGUAUCCAAGCCCAACACCAAAUUGACCAGUAAGCCCAUCUGUCUGAAGGAAUGAUCCAUGAAAAGUGUGAACUGCAUCAACAUAUCGUGAAUAGCUUUGGUCGUUUGAUGGAUAAUGAUAUUUGGAACAGUGUUCUGACAAUGGUCACUGAUGGAAAGAGUCCCCUCCAGAACUGACCAGACUGAAGUAUACAGAUCAUCCACUUCAAGAGAACAGUAUUUGUUGUUUAAAUGCUUCAGAAGAAACUGUGAGGUGCUACAGAUCACAUCAAUCUCAUUACCAGGGUACCAUUUUCAUGAAACACAGAGAUCAAGAACUUAGACUAAGUUUGAAGCAAAGUAUCUGUGGAAACGGUGGCCGAUCAAGCUGGGUUAGAUACAAUACUAUUUCACAGGCCAUGCAAUUGUUUGUGAACAAAAUGGUGGGUCUGUCCAAUGUAUUGUUUCUAAUCUGGCUAGAUCCACCUAUUGCAUGGGACACAUGGUGUUGUCAUCAUGUCUCCAAACCCUUUUAAACAAAGUGAUUAUUAUAGAAAUUGUUAGCCUUAUACACACACUUAUCAUUAGACUACAUUAUGGAUGCCAUGUUUGAUUCAUUGUUUUUGCAUCAAACAAAAACUUGUGCUGCUGUCCCCAUUGUCCAUUUUGGUUUAUUCUGUACUUGUAAGUUACACAUUAGAAAUAUUUGUUGUCCAUCUUGAUAAAAGGAGGGCAUGUGCAUGCAUGAUAGAGAGACUUAAUAUGGUCUUUAAGGACAAGUUGUAAAUAAAAUCUUGAAUAAGCAGUCUAAUCCUUAGUUUGUGGCACACAAUUGCUUUUAAAUUGAAAACAGAUAAAGGACCCGCAAUAUGAAGGUAUUCAAAUGAAUAUUUACUUUUAGGAUAUCUAUCAUUGAAGAGCGUUAUUCAUGAAUUAUGGUUUUAACUUUUAAUAUUAGAUAAACACUGGAUGAUAUGAAAGAAUCAUCACCUGUCAAAUCCAGUCACCACAAUUUUACAUCUUUUGAAGCACAUGAUGUUACUAAAGAUAUCAAUUUGGCAGGGCUUCUGUCAUACACAAUUUGCUUAUUAUAUAGCAUGUACGUUCGGAAAUCAUCAAACCAUUUUUUUAUUCUACCUUGUAUAUCACGAGUUAUUUCUAAAAACCUAGUAAUUAUCUUGAUAUGUUGAGGGAAAGUAGUAGACAAUUUGUACAUUAAUAGACUGUACUUAGACUGAAAAAAUCAGCCUAUUUCGGUCAGGAUAUGCUCCGCUGAGACUUCGUCUGGCCUUGCGGUAUCCUGACUUCGAAAAAUCAGAAAAUAUAUUUUUUAAUCCUCUGAAACAGCAGAUUUUUCAGUCUAACUGUACUUAUGUCAUUUUCCAAGGAUAUGAAUGGUCUCUGUUAAAGCCAUUAAAUGAUAAUUUUGCCAACGUUGGUUUAAUAUUCUUCUUCUGUACAUAGUUUUUAGCUCAUAAACGUUUGUAUGUAGUGAAAUGGGGACAAUCUACUGUCAUUAUCAUUGGUUUUAGAUAGUUCACAAGAUAGGUUUGUUGCAGAAUUGUUGGAAAAUUAUACAAUUACAUUUUUCAUCAGAAAGUACUGAAAUGAUGGUCAAGGUUGACAUGUAAAAUCUAUCAGCGAUGCAAUUUAUCAGACUGAAGUCUGAAUGAAGAAUUUUUCAACAUAUUUUCAGCAUAGAAAACACCUUGUCCUUUUCUCUUGAUUGCACCCAAUAAUUAAUGUUAUUGUGCAUAAAAUUGGCUCUGAUCGUGUGCCAAGCUUUGUUUUACAAGGCAUGUGAGAUAGAAAAUGUCUCCUGCAUUUGAAACUUCUUAUCAUGUUUUCGCUUAUAACACAUACUGUUUGUAUAUGAAAAUGGUCUGAAGCUUUGCUCCCAUGUCUUAUAAGAGUGUCUUGACUGCAUCAUCAUAGUGGAUCAAAAAUUGAUGUACAUGUAUGAUAUCUUCAGAUGAUAGAUGAAUAAAAUGAUACAAAAGGAAA